AUGUGCUCCACUGGAUGCUGUUCCACGGGAUGCUGCUCUGUCGUGAAGAGCAAGACCGUGUGCUGCACUCCCUGCAAGACUGUGUGCUGUAGCCCAUGCAAGACUGUGUGUUGCAGCCCCUGCAAGCCCGUGUGCUGCAGCCCAUGCAAGACUAGGUGCUGCACCCCCUGCAAGACUGUGUGCUGCAGCCCCUGCCAGAAGCCCUGCUGUGACCCGUGCCAGUCCUGCUGUGACCCCUGCCAGUCCUGCUGUGACCCGUGCCAGAAGCCUUGCUGUGACCCGUGCCAGUCCUGCUGUGAUCCGUGCCAGAAGCCUUGCUGUGACCCGUGCCAGUCCUGCUGCGACCCCUGCGAGUCCCGCUGUGAUCCAUGCAGCCAGAAGCCUUGCUGUGACCCGUGCCAGACCUGCUGUGACCCGUGCCAGACUUGCUGUGACCCAUGCCAGAAGCCUUGCUGUGACCCGUGCCAGACCUGCUGUGACCCGUGCCAGACUUGCUGUGACCCAUGCCAGAAGCCUUGCUGUGACCCGUGCCAGUCCUGCUGUGACCCGUGCCAGUCUGUGUGCUGCACCAAGGUGUGCCAGAAGUCCGUGUGCUGUGUCCCACGGCCCUGCUGCAGCCCCUGCGGGUCCCUGUCCUGCUGCUCCUGCGUGGUGAAGAAGCCCGUGAUGGUUUGCUGCACCCCCGUGAGGAAGUACUGCACCCCCUGCAUCCCCAUCCAGCAGUGCUGCGCCAGCCUCAAGAAGACCUGCUGA